AUGGCCGCCCGACAUUCCUCCUUGACGAUCAAAAUGCUCAGCAAGGUCCCAGACGUGGACAUGUACGAAGAUGUCAUCCAAUUAACGACACCACUCCAACUCCAACCACCUGUAUCCAUCUACAUCAAAAGCGACUCACCAUAUCGGGUCACUCUCAUAAAGGGCAACAGUGUUGACGUCGACGCUGGCCAGUCCAUCACCAAGAUCACGUCCUUCAGGCCGCUCAUCAUCGCGUCGUCAGCGCCGCUCAAGUCCGCAUUCGAAGAGGGAUGGAACAAAUUGCCGGUUGAGUUGAAGAUCCUGACACUCGAGUUCAAUUCGAAAGCCGAGAAUCGCGUCGGCGCAGGCAACAAGUGUGGCUACCCCCCAAUAGUCUCUUGUCAGCUGCUUCCCCACCUGACAAUGACACGCGAGAUCGCCGCGAUGGCGCGAGAAAUCUUCUGGACCAAGAACGAGUUCUAUCUAGAGCCAUCAAAUCAGUCUGUCGUUAUCGGAAACAGAAGGUUAGAUAAGCGCCUCUACUUCGCCUAUCCCCCACGAGCAUUCCACCAUCUCAUUCGGCGGCUCGUUGUGCGGAUAUCUCCGAUGAGGCAUGAGUGGCGCAAGCUCGCUAAGCUUGCGAACGGUGACUGUGGUUUCGCUGCGCUUCGUAACGUCGUUGUCGAGCUUGACAUGCGGGGCAUGUUGUACAAUGCGAGAGCAUGGACCAACUUUAUCGCCCAGAUCGUCGGCGAUGGAGUCAGUUUUCACUGCGCUGGCGAUAUGAAGUUCCUUGCUCCUCAGCACGCUAAGAAUGUGUCAUCAGAGGUUUCGUUCGAGGAUGUGAAGGAGAUGUUCACUGGCAAAAUCAGGUUCGCGGUCGAGGAGACCAAGUCGCAUGGCUGA